AUCGACACUUUUCUUGCUUUCACCGAUACCACUGAUAGAGCUAUAGCUAAAAAUUUCCUUGAUGUCUCUGAUGGCAACAUUGACACUGCUGUUAAUUUGUUUUUUGAAUCCGGGGGCUCAUUAACUGGUCAUUCUCACGAUAAUAACACCAACACAAACGAUAAAUUGGCUGCCAGAUUGCAAAACGAAGUUUAUCAACAAGAACCAAGAGCUCCUAUUCAGUCGAGAACCGAGGUUUUAGUUGAUGAUGAUUAUUAUACUGAUCCAUUAUUUUCUUCCUUUAAUAACAAUUUUAGCAAUUUGCUGUCAAACAGAUUUGGAAAUAUUAAUUCCAGCAAUCCUUUUCACAAUCGUACGAAUAACAACGAUGGCGAUAAUGACGAGAUUGACGAAGAUAACCAUAAUAAUAAUGUGGAAGACAUUGAAUUUGAAGAAGAUGAUGACGAAAAUGAUCACCAAAGCAACUAUAGAAAUCAAACCCACCACCGUGAUAAUCGAACUGAUCAUGAAAGAUUGUUAGCAAGAUUGUUUGCUCCGCCACAUGAGAUUAUAACAAACUCCCCUUUAAUGAUAGCCAAAACCGAAGCAAGAAAACUGAAGAAAUGGUUAUUGGUUAAUAUAUUCAAUCCCGCUGAAUUUUCCUGUUCAUUGAUGUACAGAGAUUUUUUUUCAAAUAGAGACAUAAAGCAAGUCAUUAAAAACAAUUUCAUCUUCUUAAAUUAUUCAAUUAAAGAUCGAGAGGGCAUGCAAUAUGUUACACUUUACUCUAUAGAAAACUAUCCCUACUUGGCAAUUCUUGAUCCAUUUAGUGGCGAAUGCUAUAAAAUCUGGGGUCAAGAUGGUAAAAUUCCUGAUACACUAACUUGGAUUAACGAUGUAUUUGAAUUUUUGGAUGCAUUUACAGUGGACAAGGGAUCAAAAGCACCAAUCAACUUGAUUCAUAACAAUUCGAAGAAUAAUAAUGCUAAUAAUCCAAUUUCUCUAAAUUCGGAUGAUGAUAGCGAAAAUAAAACUAAAACAGAAAAGGGCGGUAAUGCUGAUGAUAACAAUAGCAAAGACAAAGACAAAGAUAAAAAUAUCGAAAAAGAGGCUGAUGAUGAAGAUGUCAGUCUGGAUACUGAAGAUGAAAUCUUUGCAACAAUAUUGCCAAAAGAUCAGAUUGAACCUAAAGCAAACGAUCCAAAGCCUACAACAAGACUUCAAAUUAAAGCUGGUAAAACUAGAAAAGUGAGACGAUUUUACUUGUCCAGCCUAAUCAGAGAAAUCUAUGAAGUGAUCAAAUUCAACUUUGACAUUGUCAAAGACAGCAAGUUAUUCACGUUGGAGUUUGUUGGUAAAGAUGGUAAACCUAUCAAUCUAAUAACUGUCUUGGACUCGACCUUAGAAGACAUAGGCUUGAAGAACGCCAGCGUUUUGAUGAAUGUGAUUGACGAUUAG